CAAAGUGGUCACCGAUGUGAUAAAGAGGGACAGAGGCGUGGGACAGGCGGGAUACAGGCAACCAUCAGGUGACCAAAAGGCUCCAGAAAGGGAGAGACAGACAAAAAAAAGGAGAGAGGGUAGAGAGAGAGGAGAGAGAGAGGAGAGAGUGAAAGUGAGAGAGAGAGGGAGGAAGCCAGCAGCGACCUCCUACCCAACAACCUCGGAAGCAAACCCAUAAAAUGAAUUCAGACUCCAGCCCGAGCAGCAGAGCCUCUUCCCCGGACAUGGACGGCAUGUUUCUGCGAGACCAGCACCUCCACCACCACCUCGUCGGCUCCUCCGUGUCCUCCUCCACGCAGAGCGGCGAGCAGCAGCGCCACAAGAUGAGCGAGCACCUGCGCCCCGGAGACCCCAAGUCCGUGGGCAGCAGCAGCAGCAGCAGCAGCAGCAGCAGCAGCAGCAACAAGUACAAGCUGAAGAAACAGGUCACCGAGGAGGAAAUGUACCAGCUGCGCCUCAAGAUCAACGGCCGCGAGAGGAAGCGCAUGCACGACCUCAACCUGGCCAUGGACGGCCUGCGCGAGGUGAUGCCGUACGCGCACGGGCCCUCGGUGCGGAAGUUGUCCAAGAUCGCCACGCUGCUUCUGGCCAGGAACUACAUCCUGAUGCUCACCAGCUCCCUGGACGAGAUGAAGCGGCUGGUCGGGGAGAUUUACGGAGGGCAGCACUCGGCUUUCCACUGCGGCACCGUGGCGCACGCCACCAGCGCCGGCGGACACUCCGGCGGGCCCGCCGCCGCCGCCGCGGCCGCAGCCGCCGCCGCCGCCGCGCAUCAGGUGCAUCCUCUCCUCGGGAGCGCGCUGUCCUCCUCCACGUCCUCCACGCUGUCGAGCGCGCUGCCGGGGCUGACGUCCAUCAGAGCGCCGCACUCCCUGAUGAAGGGCUCCCCGGCCGCGCCCCCGGCCCUGCAGCUGGGCUCCGGCUUCCAGCACUGGGCCGGCCUGCCGUGCCCCUGCACCAUCUGCCAGGUGCCUCCUCCUCCACACAUCCCCAUCACCUCCACCGGCCUCACGAGACUCACAGGGGAGGGGAAGGAAGGGAUGAAAUGAUGCCUGAUCGCCGCAGAGACUCAGUGGAGUUUGUAAAUAGAGAGUUCAGGGCAUGAGGGUGGAUUUGACCUCACUGGUGCAUGUUGUUGUUUAGUCUGUUUUCUUGUUUGGCGUAAGAAAAAUGUGUUAUUUUCCUCCUUGUAACAAGGACAUAUAAAGACUGGUGAUUUUUCCCUAAGUGAAGGUGGAAAAAAAAAGUUGUGUCAUGCAAUAAGAUGCCAUGUUCCUCCCUGAGAGCGGCUCAAGUUUGCGCUCACAGCAGCAGGACGUGAAAUGUUGCAUGAGUGUUUUUCAUUUUUCUUUUCUUUUUAAAUCAGGAGUCAUUUUGUGCAAACGAAGAAUGCUCUCUGUGCCUUGUACCAAGGAUUUUAAAUUUCACUUCUAUAUGAAAAUAAUUGCCAUCCAUGUGUUUGGCUUAAACGAAACUGUCACCGCAAAAUUUGUUUUAAAAUUUUUUCAACGUGUAUU